AGCCGCGCCAAGGCAACUGGCGCACCGAAACCCGAGAACUGGUUGCAGGAGCCGAGAAGGGCCGCUAGGGGCGCCUGGGCAUUUAAACUCCGCGCACAAGCUAAUUCGGAGGCUGCUUGCACCAUGACGGGAUCCGGCGCGAUCGGGCUACAGCUGGUCCUGCUCCUGGCCCUUUGGGGUCCCCCGGAGGCUCAAACUUUAGAGACUACUGCUCCAUCAGAAAAUAUCAGUGAGAAAACUACAGGAAUUUCUACACCUAAACAAUCUUGGAAUUCCACAACUUUGGAAUUCUCCAGCACAGGAUUUCCCAAAGUUUCUCAGACAAAAAGUAUCACAUUACACAGUCCAGCUGAACUUGAACUAAUGUGUAGUUUGGUCAUCAGCAACAGCACAAACACGGCAAAAAUGGACACUGUUUGGACCUCACAAAAUGCAACUUUCAACCCGGAGACCAUCAGGAGGAAUGAAACUAGCUCCAAAUGGUGCACUCGAUAUACGAUAAAAGUCAGAAACGAUGACCAGAUGAGGAAUUACACAUGUGUUUAUAAAACUACACCAGAAAUAAAAGCUACAUUUGUUUUACAAGUGCCUCAAGUCUAUGUAAAGUCUGAGAAUAUAAUCAGUUAUGUGGGUGACGUUGUGGUCUUGACUUGUGAUGUUGGCGAUGGGAAAACCGAAGUUAACCCAAGUUUUUGGAUCUGGUAUUCAAAUAAUGGAAGUGGAGAG